AGUAGGCACCAGAAUAUAGCAUCUAGUCACGUGCUCGCCCCUAUGGUCUGAUCACUUCCGGGUCUCAGCUGCUGCACGUGGGAUUUGCUGACAGCUAUGGAGGAUUUGUUAGGGGAAAUGCAGGAGCUUUUGUUACAGCACCCGAGCCUGCAGCUCAUAGAAGGCAACAAGGUACGUUGCGCUCUCACGGGCCAUGAGCUGCCUUGCAGACUGCCAGAACUGCAAAGCUUCAUAAGUGGGAAGAAGUACAAGAGACUAACAAAGGUUACCAGCUCAUUCAAUUACAACAGCUAUAAGCCACACAUUGUCCCUAGCACUAAAACUCCGCACCAGAUGUUCUGUAAAUUAACUCUUCGGCACAUCAAUAAGAUCCCAGAAGAAGUAUUGAGGCACGUGCAGGGCAAGCGCUACCAGAAGGCUCUGAGGAAAUAUGACGAAUGCAAGAAGCAGGGAGUAGAGUACGUGCCUGCCUGUCUCCAGAGGAAGAAGAAGUUCUCAGGAAGUGAGCGUCGUGCAAACACGAACGGAGGUGCGUUGGAGCCGCACAAUAGUGAUUCAGGAGGCAGCGACUCUGAGGACAGCAUGAGUGACCUGUACCCAGAUCACAUCUUCUCCAAGAAGGAUGACAGCUUCCAGUCUGGGAGUGAGGAGAAUAUGGAGGUUGAUGGUUUACCCAACUCGAACAAACGCCAGCAGAGGCAGAAGGGCCCUUCCCGGAAGAAGUUCAAGACUCACCAACAGAGAUCCAGACAUUUCAAAAAGUUACAAAAAUGAUUUCUGUUGUUAUAGACUUAAUCUUUAGAACCACAUUAAAUAUGUCUUGGUUUCUUUUGUAGCUUCA